AUGCCAGUUCACUCGAAAGAAGACCCUUUGAUGGUCCUCUACAACCACUACCUCUCUCUCUUCCGAACUCAGAUCAAACGAACACCCAAAUCCGCUAGACUAGCCGCAACAGCAGCGCUUCUCAUUUCCAUUCUCUCGAGCAGUUAUGGUGGCUACAGAUGGUGGCAGGAGAGGACCAGAGAGAGGGCUCGAGGACAAAGGCUGGUUAGAAAAAACAGUGGACUGAGAGGAAAGGGCGGCGAGCGCAUCAUAUACGUCCCCAAAGGCAAUACUACCUCGAAAGUCAUCAUCCACCCGACUCGUCCCACAACCUUCGACGCGCAUAGACGUUUGUUCCUAACGCCUCCUCGGAUCACAAGGCUUGCGAGCGGUGCGUCCACUCCAGCAUACGGUCAUGGCCCGCCACCACAGACCAAGCCAGGCCUCAACCUGGCCUUUCUCCACCAGUUCUUGAGUUUGUUGAACAUUAUGAUUCCGCGGUUUCGCAGUAAAGAGACGGCGCUGCUGUUGAGCCAUGGGGUUUUCUUGAUCUUACGAACAUAUCUGUCUUUGGUCGUUGCCAGACUAGACGGAGCCAUUGUCCGAGAUUUGGUCGCAGGACAAGGCAAAUCCUUCAUGCUGGGAAUUCUGCGGUGGUUGUCGGUUGGGACUCUCGCCUCAUAUACGAAUUCGAUGAUCAAAUUCCUCCAGUCGAAGAUAUCGAUUGCUUUCCGAACCCGACUUACACGAUACAUCCACGACUUGUACCUGAACUCCAACCUCACCUACUAUAAGCUGACCAACCUGGAUGGAGGUGUCGGACAAGGGGCCGACCAGUUCAUAACGCAAGACUUGACCUUGUUUUGUACAUCAGCAGCAUCGUUAUACUCGUCUCUGGGAAAACCCUUGGUUGACAUCUUUGUUUUUAACUAUCAACUCUAUCGAUCGCUGGGUCCCUUGGCUCUAACUGGACUUUUGGCCAAUUAUUUCGCGACCGCUACGCUCUUGCGAAGACUGUCCCCUCCAUUCGGGAAAUUAAAAGCCGUCGAAGGAAAGAAAGAGGGCGACUUCCGCGGUCUCCAUGCUCGCCUGAUAGCCAACGCCGAAGAAAUCGCAUUUUAUGGUGGUGCAGACGUGGAGAAGAUCUAUCUGAAUAAAUCCUUCAGAGAGUUGCGCAGUUGGAUGGAAGGUAUCUACAAUGUCAAAGUCCGGUAUAACAUGCUUGAGGACUUCGUCCUGAAGUACUCUUGGUCAGCCUUUGGAUAUGUCGUCACCUCCAUCCCCGUUUACUUGCCCGCCUGGGCCGGACUGACUUCUUUACUUGACACGUCCGACCCCUCUGGCAGUGAAGUAUCGGAAUCCUCACGAGAGAGGUCUCACAUGAAGGACUUCAUCACAAAUAAGAGACUCAUGCUUUCCCUUGCCGAUGCUGGCGGAAGAAUGAUGUACAGCAUCAAAGAUCUUUCGGAGCUUGCUGGCUAUACAUCGCGAGUGUAUCAGCUCAUUUCCACCCUUCAUCGAGUCCAUGCGAACGCCUAUGGUCAAGGCCACCGGCGUUAUUCCAGCAGAGCCGAGCUAUUCUCUCUCGCUGAUGUUCAGGGGACACUUCAUGCUGGCUUCGAUGGCGUCCGUCUUGAAGACGUGCCUGUAGUUGCUCCAUCGCUUUAUCCCUAUGGCGGAGAAGAGCUCAUUGAGUCUCUUUCAUUCGUGGUGCACAGUGGCGAGCAUCUUCUGAUCUCUGGCAGCAAUGGCGUUGGUAAGUCCGCCAUCGCGCGCAUCGUUGCUGGUCUCUGGCCAGUCUUCAGGGGGCUUGUCUCGCGACCGCGUAAUAGUGGCCAAGACGGAAUUAUGUUCCUCCCUCAACGACCAUACCUCAGUGUGGGCACACUACGUGAUCAAGUGAUCUAUCCUCAUACCGAGAUCGAUAUGCGUGAGAAUGAACGUCGUGACAGCCAACUAGAGAAGAUCCUUGAGGACGUCAAACUCGGCCACCUGCUUGCACGUGAAGGAGGUUGGGAUACCCGGAAAGAAUGGAAAGAUGUACUUUCAGGUGGAGAGAAGCAGCGCAUGGCAUUUGCUCGACUUUUGUAUCACGAACCAAGAUAUGCGUUCCUGGAUGAAGGGACGAGCGCAGUCUCUUCGGAUGUUGAGGGACUACUUUAUGAGCGGUGCAAGGAUCGAGGUAUCACGGUAAUCACACUCUCGACGCGUGCCAGUCUGAGAAAAUAUCAUACGUCCAACAUCAUCCUUGGCUUGGGCGACGAAUGGUAUGACUGGGAACUGGUCAAGAUUGGCACCGAAGCUGAAAAGUCUAGCAUGGACAAAGAGAUCAAGGAGCUGCGAGAGAAGUUGGCCAAGGUGCCCGAGUGGGAGGAACGUAAGAAGGCCAUCGACGAAGAACUUCAUCAUGUGCAAGUGGUGGGUGAAGCAGGAUCCUCGGAGCUUGAGAAGCCUGGCUAUAUGACUGGAGAGUCGGACCAGGCAUGA